UCCACUUCUAUCUGUUUUUGUUUAUUGUUAUCUUAUUUGAAGUCUACAAGAAGUGUCAUCUAUUUCAAAUAUUAUUUAAAUAACUUUUCAUAUAUUUUGAGUAAUUCAUUAUGGCUAAAAAUACUAUAUCGUCAGCAUUUAGAAAAAUUGAUGUUGAUCAGUAUAACGAUGAUUGUUAUAAAGAAGAAGAAGCAAGUGAACCUCAUUCGCCUCCUACUGGUCCUGAUGAGCAAGAAAUCGUAAAUUUGGUUAACCAAGGAAAGCAUGUUGAUGCCCUGAAAAUUUUACUACGUUCUGCUCCCAUAGCAACUAAAAAUCAAAGUAUAAAGGAUACUGCAUUUAACUUGGUAUUAAGAGUCAUUCUAUCAAUAAAAACAAGUGAUAUUGAAAAAACUGUUUCCCAAUUGGACAGAGACCAAAUAGAUAUGUUGAUGAAAUAUAUCUAUAGAGGAUUUGAAAACCCAUCGGAAGGCAGAAGUGCACAGCUGUUGGCUUGGCAUGAAAAAGUUUUUGCUGCUGGUGGAAUUGGAAGUAUUGUAAGAGUGUUAACUGAUAAAAAACGUGUUUGAUUGUGACGCAUUUCAACAGUGAUGAGAAAAUUUUCUAUGAACUUUAUGUUCAAACAGAUGAUGUUUCAUGUCAGUUUCUUGUUAAUUUAUGUUUUUGAAUACCAUAUUUUUUAUUAAAGUAAUGUAUAAAGAAAAUGUAAUAUGUAUAAAUGUUUAUUUUGUUGUGUUUGAUAGGAAGUUUUGUAUCGUUGAAAUGAAAUUUUUAAAUGCAUUCUUAUAUCUUAUGUAACAAUGAAACUAAAUAUUAUUUGCAAAAAAUAAAUUAAUAAAAAUAUUUGCAUGAA